AGGAGACGAGACGACGGACGACGACCGGCCUCCACCGCACCACUCCACUCCACAAAGGCCAACCGCUAAAGCACCCAAGGACAGGGGAGGCCGACCAUUAUAACCCACACAAAUUCCCCACCGAGAGAAGAGAACCACGAGCACUGAAAAAAGGAGAGGAGGAAGAAGAAGCUAGAGAGUCGCGCAGCUAGAAAGGCUCGAGCUUUUCUUGCUUGCUUUCGGCGCCAUGGCGCGGCGGACGGUGCAGCUGCUGGCGGCGCUCCUCGCGGUGACCGUGGCGGCGGCGGACGACAGCGGCGAGAAGUGCACGGGCGGGUGCGGGAACCCGUGCGGCAUCCCGUGCACCUACUCCAGCCCGCCGCCGCCGGAGCCGGCGCUGCCCCCGCCCGUCUACUACCCGCCGCCGGCGCCCGUGUACUCGCCGCCGCCCCCCGAGGCCGUCUACCCGCCGCCCACGCCCACGGCCGACUGCCCGCCGCCCCCCACCGAGGGGUACACGCCCGCGCCCUACACCCCCACGCCGUCCACGCCGUCCGGCGGGUACACCCCGACGACGCCCUCCGGCGGGUACAAUCCGACGCCGUCCGGGGGCGGGUACAACCCCACGCCGUCCGGGUGGUUCACGCCGCCCAACAUGCCGUCCUACCUCACCCCGCCCGGCCCGCUCUACCCGCAGGACCCCGGGUUCCGGCCCAACGCCGCGCCGGGCCUCUCCGCGUCAUGGCGCGCGGCGGCCCUCGCGGCUUUGACGGUGGCCGGAGCCCUGGCCUUGUGAUCGUUCGACGCACCGAUCGCGCCAUGCCAAGGUACACGCACGCGUGGCCUGAAGGCAUGGAGCUAGCAGCUGCACCGCUCGAUCCAUGGAGCCAAGCGCCGUGGCGACCAUGGUAACCCAAGCGCGCGCGCGGGCGCAUCCAUGGCCGGCGCACGUACGUUUUAAUUGAAAUUCCGUUGAUUCCGUGUUGAUAAUAAGCAAGGUUAGGGAAGCAAGCCGAUGUCGGUGUUAAUAAUUUUUCUUUUUGAGUUUUCAUUCGUGCUGUUCAUGUUCAUGUCCUUCAUCUGCGUCGGCAGAUGAACCGUUCUUGUCAUGUACGUAAGUUGGGUCUCGUUUUUUCACUUUGGUCAAUCAUAGGAAGGAAGGAAGGAAGGAAAAAGAUGGAUGUUCAUCGAUCAGACUAUGUGAUACUGAUACAUAUAUAUAUAUGUCUCUGAUUACUCACA